AAAAACCCGCUAUCUGUUCAUAUUUUAGCGAGUAUAGUGUAUGUAUAUUCAUGAGUCUGGCGGGAAAAACUCUCCAUUGAAUACAGUUGACAUUAAUACCCUUCAUCAAAUACAAAGAAAUACAUUAAAAGUAGAAGAAUCUACCAAUCCUAAGAGAGGAAUGUGAGGAAGCGCCCCAGUUCGCCAUGCUGCUCUGUGGACAUCAAAUCCCAUCGAUUGUGCUCGGACAUAAGGAUCUCGUCGUUAUAGCCACACAAAUAUGAAUGAAAUAGAGGAAGAGAAUGAGGAUCAGCAGGAAGAAGAGGAGGAACGUCCUAAACACAAGCCCACAAUCUCCCAAAUUGCUGCCCCAAAACUCCCUGAAGGGGAUAGGGUGGACUUUGAUGUGAGUCUACAUGUACAUGACAUCCACAGGAAAAGAAUGGAGAAGGACCUUCUGGAGCUGCAGACUCUGAUUGACGUCCAUUUUGAUCAGAGGAAGAAAGAGGAGGAAGAGCUCAUCGGGCUCAAGGACAGGAUUGAGAACCGCAGAUCAGAGAGAGCAGAGCAGCAGAGAGUGAGAGCGGAAAAAGAACGGGACAGACAGACACGAAUUGCGGAAGAACGUCAGAGGAAGGAGGAUGAGGAAGCCAAGAAGAGGGCGGAAGAUGAUGCCAAGAAAAAGAAAGUGCUCUCUAAUAUGGGAGCUCACUUUGGGGGUUUCUUGGCAAAGGCAGAGCAGAGGAGAGGAAAGAGGCAAACAGGAAGGGAGAUUAAGAAGAAGACCCUUGCAGAAAGACGCAAACCCCUCGCCAUCGACAACCUGAGAGAGGAAGCCCUGAGGGACAGGGCCAUAGAGCUCUGGAACUGGAUUUACCACCUGGAGUCAGAGAAAUUUGACCUGACUGAAAAGAUGAAACGACAGAAAUACGAGAUAAAUGUUCUCCUAAAUAGAAUUUCCCAUGCCCAGAAAUUUAAAAAGGUUCAUGGAAAGGGAAAGGUCGGGGGUCGCUGGAAGUGAGCACAAAGGAAGCAGUUCAGAUGUGGAGAAGAAAGAAGACCAUGUGCUUUAUUCAGUUUAAGUGUUACAAAAGCAGUGUUUCAGCAUUUCUUGUCUUGAACUCAUUCAACAAACACUGUUUAAUGUUUGACUAAAACAGAUGAAAUGUGAAACAUGUAUAUAUAGAAGAAAAAAAACGCUCAGUAAUUACAGAUGCAAUUCAGUAUAAAAAGGUAAAAAUCAACUAAACGUGAAAGGAAUUGAAAGGAGUCAUUUGGUACAGACAUGCUCUCUAUUCAGAUGCCAUUUACAACUGUGAAAUUAAAAGACAGGAUUUGUCAGUCCUAAAAUAUGAUUGAAA